AUGUCGGAUUCGAGGACCCCCUUGAGCUUCAGAAGCAUGGAAUCUACAAACUCGCCGAUCUACUCCAUGCGUACAAACUACUCCGCAGGCGAAAUAUCAUUAUUGGAGGGGGAUUCUCUUGUUGUACCCUUUAAGCCUAAGCUUUUAGUGGCAAAUGGUCUAAAGAGUGAGCUCUUUAAGCCGCUUAUGACGGCUUUGUUUAAGGGGAAUAAACUAAAAAAAGAGACCAUAUUAAACACUGACUUGGAGAGUCUAUGUAUUGCAAUUUUGGAGACUGCAAGAAUGGAGGAGUCUCCAUUUCGUAUGGUUGGUUACCAUAUAAAGGGUCUUUGUAUAAUAUUAUCGCAUAAAUUAAAGUUUUUGUCUCAAGAUCUGACAGCAUAUAUGAAACGAAUUUCAACAAUGGACAAGAUAAAGCAACCAGAAAAGAGAACAAAAUACUAUGAAUCAGACGAUGAGUGUGUAGUUGUAAGAAAAAGAAAGAGAAAGUUAAAGGAAAAGGAACAGAUUCCUAGGCUAGAGGAUAAGUAUGAUGAAGAAGUGGACAUUCCAAUUGAACGUAUAGAAAUGCUUCAAAUGAUGAAUUUGGGUAUAGGAAUGGGAAUUGGUACAGAACUUGCCUUUUAUGACGCGCAAGAACAUACGAAUAUGGACAGAGUACAGACUGAGUUAUCACCUCUUGUUUUAGAAUAUUUCAAAGAAUUUAGCUCAAUCACCAGUAUGGAAGACUUGUAUAAUUCCGAAUUUGCAGUGAACGAAAAGAGCAAAAACUGGUUGGAUUUUGAUGAUUUACGCAUGUUAACAUCACCAUUUAAGCUUAAUGCAUAUUCUUAUACUCCAACUCCUGUUUCUACAAUCGUAGCAAGCAGUGUGGAACGUUCGGAAAAAAGUUAUGAGCUAGACUGGAGUAUUUAUAACGAUCCAUUGAAUUAUGCAAAUAGAAGUGAUUCAAUCAGUUACGCAAGAACUAUUGAUACGUGGAGUGAACCUACAACACUUGCCCUUCCUGCUGCUCCGUCUAGGAUGUCUAUAGGUGAUUUAACAAUGAUAAAGAGCGACCACAAAUAUGAUAGGAGUGUGCAAAUGAAAAAAUCUAUACGAAAAAAAGGUGUACGCAAAAUGAAAUUUUUUGCGCUUGAGCCUCCAAAGAACAACUCUUCAGGGAUUACAAAGGACUCGCCUAGACGAAACACUACCAUGCUAGAAAAAGGGGAAAUCAUCCUGAGAGAACCCGCUUGGAAGGAUACAAUUUUGAGAGAUGUCUCUCAAAAAGGAACGACAUUGAAGGAAACAAUAAAUCAGGCUGUGGAAAGCUUAUACUCUAAAUAUAUUGGUGGUACAGAAAAGGGUGUAGCGAAGGAAAAAAGUGAUAUUGAAAAAAUAGUUAGACGCAUAAAUCAAGCAGAAAAAAGGGUAGAACCACAAAGAACAGUUCAACCCAUGAAGAAUACAACUUACAUGGAUAAUCUAUCUAAAAGUGAAGAAAUUGGAACUGUUCAAGUAUUGGAUGCUUACCGAGAACACUUUAGAGAAACCCAAUCUGAUGUCGUUAAUUUUGGUAGUAUUACAAGGGGGUAUAACAAGAGAACUGCUUCUCUAGUUUUCUUUCGGACAUUGAUACUUGCAAAUUCAAGUUUUGUAAAUUUGGAACAAAUGGGAGAUAUCAAGAUCGCUCCAGGGGUAAGUUGUAUAUUUAGGCUAUUGGUAUGUGAGCUCUAUGAGUGGCCCAUGGUACUAGUUACAAUGGUGACUCAAGGGGGAAUUUUAGUCAUGAAUGGGUAUAAAAGGUGGGUAUUGAGUAACUGGAUAAAUGAGUUAAAUAUGUAA